AGAAGAAAUAAUGAGAAAAUAUGAGUGAAAGACAAAAAACUAAAAGAAAAUAAAAACAAAAAAACACAUCUAGAAAGAAAGAAAAGAAAAUAAAGAAAGAAAGAUAAAAAAAAAAACAAAACCUCCCUGGUUAAUCGGUCUUUCCAAUUCUGUGCGUAUCCCGCCUUCGCACCCCGUCGGCCGCGAACCGAGUGCGUGCGGCAGCGUCGGGUCGUCCGGCCGCCCUCCUUCCCAUCCCGUGACCUCCCGAUCCUGGCGGGGAUGGCGCGAGGCAACGCUUCCUCCGCAGGAUUCACUCGCCUCCUGAUGGCGACGCUUCCGAUCCUACUCCUGGCGACAGCUGCUUGUGCCUCGCUGCAGACUGAAUCCGGCUCCUGCUGGAAGCUCCGCCGCUCCGACGGAUCCUGCGGUCGCCUCCUUCGGGCGAACGUGACGAAGGAGUCCUGCUGCUUCGGGCGUCACCGGAGGGGCUGGAGCGGCUCCUCGGGACUCCCUUCGCCGGGGUCCUUCGCCUCCAACUCCUCCAGCAGGAAUUCGGUCAUAAGCGACCCUCCGCCGCCGACCUGCUCGCCAUGCUCCC